UUUCAUAGGGAGGAAUAGAGAGCCAGCGAGAGCUGCUGUCAGGGGCUCAGUGAUGCGCUCCCAAUGCGUUAUUUAUUAGCAAACAUCCUUUGCACAUUCGGGCUCUGAAUUGACAGAGCAUCGUGUCAAACUGCAGCCUCGCUUACCUAACAAGUAUGCGUUAAUUUAGCUUGUGGCGGGGUUAUUUUAUUUUAUUUUAAUGACAUUGAUCGCGAACUGGGUGCUGUGAGACCGGUGGAGUUUUAAGACUAAAAGCGGAGGCGGGCGUUCGGCCGGAAUUCGGCCUUGAAAUCGAAAUAAUAUCAAAAAACCCGUGGAGAGAUAUUCAUUCAUCUUAUCCGCGAUCAAAAAAACUUGAGACCAGAGAGGAAGUUGCUGGUGAAACAGUUCCCCGAAGAAUCUGGAUGUUAGUUAUUGCAGCGAAUGUAUGAAAACAUGUCCACCAUGGUGUACUCGAGGGAGGACAAGAUGGAGAAGCUGUCCCAGGACGAGAUCAUCUCCAAGACGAAGCAGGUGAUCCAGGGCCUGGACGCCCUGAAGAACGAACACAACUCCAUCCUGCAGAGCCUGCUGGAGACACUCGAGUGCCUGAAGAAGGAUGAGGAGACCAACCUGGUGGAGGAGAAAUCCAGCAUGAUCCGCAAGUCCCUGGAGAUGCUGGAGCUGGGGCUCAGCGAGGCGCAGGUGAUGAUGUCUCUUUCUGGCCACUUGAGCGCGGUGGAGUCAGAGAAGCAGAAGCUGCGUGCCCAGGUGCGGCGGCUGUGCCAGGAGAACCAGUGGCUGCGGGACGAGCUGGCCAACACCCAGCAGAAACUCCAGAGGAGCGAGCAGAGCGUAGCCCAGCUGGAGGAGGAAAAGAAGCACCUGGAGUUCAUGAACCAGCUCAAGAAAUACGAUGAGGACAUCUCCCCAUCGGAGGACAAAGACUCGGAUUCCUCUAAAGAACCACUGGACGACCUCUUCCCCAAUGACGAGGAUGACCAAGGACAAGGAAUUCAGCAGCACAACAGCAGUGCAGCAACAGCAUUGCAACAGGGAGGCUAUGAGAUCCCUGCCAGAUUGAGGACGCUACACAACCUGGUCAUUCAGUAUGCUUCUCAGGGCAGGUAUGAAGUGGCCGUGCCGCUGUGCAAACAGGCGCUCGAGGAUCUGGAGAAAACAUCUGGGCAUGAUCACCCCGACGUCGCCACCAUGCUCAAUAUCCUCGCCCUGGUGUACAGGGAUCAGAACAAGUACAAAGAAGCUGCAAAUUUGCUUAACGAUGCCUUGUCUAUUCGAGAGAAGACAUUAGGAAAAGACCAUCCAGCGGUGGCAGCUACUCUAAAUAACCUUGCAGUGCUUUAUGGGAAGAGAGGAAAGUACAAAGAAGCAGAGCCACUGUGCAAGAGGGCCUUGGAAAUCCGAGAAAAGGUUCUAGGCAAAGACCAUCCGGAUGUUGCUAAGCAACUGAACAACUUGGCUUUGCUAUGCCAGAACCAGGGCAAAUACGAGGAAGUAGAGUAUUACUACCAGCGUGCACUAGAAAUCUAUCAGACCAAGUUAGGACCGGAUGAUGCUAACGUGGCAAAAACAAAGAACAACUUGGCCUCUUGCUACCUCAAGCAAGGCAAAUUUAAGCAGGCAGAAACGCUAUACAAAGAGAUCCUCACGAGAGCUCACGAGAGGGAGUUUGGAUCAGUAGAUGAUGAAAAUAAACCCAUCUGGAUGCAUGCUGAAGAAAGAGAAGAAUACAAGGGCAAACAGAAGGAUGGCUCAUUGUUUGGGGAGUAUGGCGGUUGGUAUAAAGCUUGUAAGGUGGACAGUCCCACUGUGACCACCACUCUGAAGAACCUGGGGGCACUUUACAGACGUCAAGGCAAGUUUGAGGCAGCCGAGACGUUGGAGGAGGCAGCGAUGAGAUCUCGAAAGCAGGGUCUUGAUAAUGCCCACAAACAGCGAGUGGCUGAAGUGUUAAAUGACCCAGAGAGCAUUGAGAAGAGGCGAAGCCGGGAGAGCCUCACCAUGGACGUGGUCAAGUACGAGAGCGGGCCUGACGGAGGGGAGGAAGUGAGUAUGAGCGUGGAGUGGAACGGGUCCUAGAUGCCUUUUGUGAUUCUUAAACUGUCAUCUGCAUGAAGGGUGCACACCAUCUUCAAGCUUUCACUUCUGUCUCCAGUUCUGACUGCUGUGUCAUUCCUGUAUUCUUCUGUGUUGACUGUUGCUCUGCCAUAAUUAUAACUAACUAUUAAAAACAGCAGUUCCUUUCACUGACCAGAUAUAGCUGUACCAGGCAUUGUGUGGUCAUGCAAUCUACCAAUUUCACAACUAGUUGUUGCAAUAGAUUACUGUGUAAUAUAAGUAAAGGGUUCGUAAUCUUACUAGCUAUUUGGUGUGAUAACAAAUUAACUAAUAAAACAGAUAUAUAAAUGGCAUGAUAUUAAACCUGUACAGAUACAUUGUUUGACAAGGGAUAUGUGCUGUUAGUGUUUGAUUCUGUACAUUGUCAAACAAGUUUUAAAUAUGUGUGAUUACAGCUGUCUCACAAUACUCAUUACAGUUCCAAAAUAAAAAUAAUUAUAAAAAGCUGCCUUGUGAAAAAUAUCCUCUUCUCCUACUAAUCUCUUAAAUGUCUUGUGGCUUGUUUAUUUGUGUCCUUUUUUUCUUAACUUCUAAUAAAACUCACUCUUAACUGA